AUGAAAAGACCGGCAUUGCGCAUCCUGGGCUUUGGGCGCAAAGCCAAACCCGUAUUACGGGCACACUCGACCCUUGCCGGUGAGCUGAGUCGGGAAUUGACAUCGCGGAGAUUGCCUCUAACCUUCGACUAUCUACAUACUCAACCCUCGCAUCUCCUUGAUUUGACGUUACGGGACAUCCUUCCCCAUUCUCGGCCUCUGGGAAGAGAAGACUCGGUUCUUCCCUCGGUGAAAUCCGCCUUCCCUUUACCGGCGGGCCAUCACUUGGUUUAUUUUCCUCCUCAGGUCACGCUCUCGCAGCUAUUAGCAGACGGCACCGAUACCCUUCAUAGCCCAGGCGGACCCUUUAACCGGCGUCUGUGGGCUGGUGGGAGAGUCAGAUUCCCAACCCGUAGUGGAUUGGUCCUCGACGGUAGUCGAGCCGUCUGUAUCGAAACGAUUCGCGACAUAGUGUGCAAAGGACGACCAGGGGAGGAGAAGGUUAUUGUCAGAAUAGAGCGGCGCAUUGGUCCGGUUCAGGAGUCGGAGCAAGAAGACAGUAUCCGAGCCCGCCUCUGGAGGGAGGAUGAAGAAGACUUCGGGCAGUCAUCCAUUAUCGAAAACCGAGACUUGAUAUUCAUGCGCGAGAAGUCUCCCGAAGAACUAGCUCGCGACCAGGUGAAUUUUCAAAAACAACGAAUUGUAAAAUCACCAUCGGACGCUGCAUUUCGUUAUAACAUCACGCCCACCAAGACCUUGCUAUUCCGCUUCUCUGCACUCACAUUCAACGCCCACGCUAUCCACCUGGACGAAGCCUACACGCGAGACGCGGAGGGCUUCCGAGGGCUUCUCGUCCAUGGUCCCUUGACCUUGACUUUACUACUAACGGCCAUCCAGCCUCAUCUGGCCAAGCUUAAUCGAACGAUCAGAGAGAUCGAAUACAAAAACCUCACUCCAGUGUACGCCGAAGAGACAUUAUCAGUGUGCGGGAAACCCAAACCAGCCGAUCCCAAUGCCGCUUGGGAUGUGUGGAUUGAAGGUAAAGAAGGAGGUCUAGCCGUUCGAGGAUCUGUUAGAUUUGAUGCUAUGUAG